AUGUCUUCGGUUACCCAAACUUCUUCUCCCGCUUAUGGGUUGAACAAACAGCUUAGCAUAAAUACACCCGAACCGCCUGUUCCGAUGGCCAAGGCAUGGGCUGCUAGCUACCCAAGUAAAUCAUCUCCGUUUCAUGUAAAGAAUGCAUCUGAACCACUGCAGCCGCUACUCAACCUUGCUCAAGGUGUUCCAGGACACGCUCCCCAAAAGAGGUUGUUAGAUUGCAUGGAUGAAGAACGUAAUGCCAAACCAAUGGAAACGCAUGGCUAUGGUGGUGUGUUUGGAGAUGAACAACUUCGUAAAGCUUUAGCUGCAGACAUCGUCAAAAGAUACGGAGGUGAUGUGUCUUCCAAUGAAGUAGCCAUCACUGCUGGAGCAAAUCUAGCAGCAGCCGUCACUUUUCAUUCUCUCGCCAGUCCUGGAGAAGCAAUCGUAUUGCCAACACCGUGGUACUUCAAUCAUCAAAUGACUUUGGCAUCUCUUGGUAUCAACGUUAUCCCCUUGUCCACAAAAGCUCCUUCUUUUAUACCGCAACCAGAAGCACUCAAAGAAUUGCUAGACAAACAUAAUGGAACGCAAGGAACCAAAUCUAGGAUAAAGGCUGUCGUUCUUGUCACUCCAAACAACCCCACAGGAAGCAUAUAUCCGGCUUCUCUGCUUCGAGAAUUUGCGGAGAUCUGUCGUUCCAACAAUAUUGCGCUGAUCUUGGAUGAGACAUAUAGGGAUUUCCUCUUGGAAGGAGACGGAAGUGCAAAGGCCACUGCGAAUGAGUCAUCAAAGCAGCGACCAUUGGCGAAAGCACAUGAUCUAUUCGAGUUGAGCGGCAAAGAGAAUUGGCGGGACUGUGUGAUCUCAAUACACUCCUUCUCCAAAUCAUAUGCGAUUCCAGGUCAUCGUCUAGGAGCGAUAAUUGCUCACCCUUCUUUAUUGAUAAGCGAAGAAGUUGAUCAAGAUGGGAUUAAACGAACACGAUUUGGCAGCUUUGCAAAAAGCUUGGACAAUAUGCAAAUUUGUCCACCCAGAACAGAUACUCAACGUGCAGUGGCGAGAUGCAUUCAAGAUGAAGAACAUCAGCAAUGGCGUUUGGAUAUCGCUAAUGAUUUAGCACAGAGGCGAAAGACUUUCUUUUCGUCCCUCGAGACAGCGAUCACUUUCGAAGAUGUGAAAAGACAGCUCAAGAUUGAUGGACAGGCAGAACUGAUCGCCUCUUUGGAAUCAUUGAAGGACAUUAGCUCCAACAAAAGCGUAUCACCGAAAGAACUGGGAUGGGAAGAUCUAAGUGCGGGUGCGUAUUAUGCAUACGUUCGACAUCCUUUCGAAUCAACUCCGAGUGAAUUGGUUGCUAGAGGCUUGGCUGCUCUCGUGGGAAUCGUAGUUCUCCCCGGAUCAUUCUUCCGACCACAAGAAGAAGCGCAAGAUGAUCGUGAUCUACGAUUUAGCAUUGCCAAUGUAGAAAGUGCAAAAUUGGAGACACUAGCUGCUCGACUAAUCUUGUUCACGUACCUAUGGAGAGUUCAGAAAGCUGGAUGGGGACUAUAA